UACGCCUUUUAUUUCAUUGGGCAAUGCUUUGGCGUUGAAUCAAUCUAGUAGAACUUCUCAUAAGGCAUCUAGCAGUUGUCCGAGAAAGAUCCUAGUGAGUCGGAAUUAAAAUAAAAAUAAAAAUUAUUUUACAAAAAAAAAAAUAAAAAAUAAAAAGGAAAAGCAGAAAAGAAAGUUCAGGAUGAGCAAUCGAAUGGUAAAUGUGACUAAUCUGUCUCUAGACGAAUACUAUGAGCAGCAUGUGAGUCCGAUGAACAGACCCAGGAGGGCUGGAUUUGGUCCCUAUCCCACACCAGAUCAGUUGGUUCGCCACUACCACCGAACGCAUUUCUUUGGAGCUGCUUAUCCGGAGGAACGCCAGCGUCUGCUGAAGGAGCGCGCCCUGGUGGGCGGGGACAACUUUGCUGUACAUGCUGAAGAGCAAGAGGAGCAGCUGGCCAAGUUGAGUAAGCUGGAGGAGCGCAAGAGGAAGUUUGCCAAGUUUGACGAAGAACAGAAAGCCAAGCUGAAGAACAGUGAGAAGAAACCUACGACUACAAGGCCAAAAGAUGCCCCAGCCAAGGAAUAUCCCUCGUGUUCCCAUAAGGAACGGUCGGCUAAAGUGGAUACUCGCAGCCGUGAGAUGAAGAGAAACGAUCAGCGCAAACCCAAAUCGAAGGAGGGGGCCCGCGAGAAGAAGACGACGUCUAAAGAAGGAAAGGCGAAGGAUAUUGUCAAUAAAGCCAAAGAACCCGAGCCUUUGGUUUUGAAAAUUGGGGAUCAAAUUCUCUAUGACGAGGCCUAUAAAAAUGAUCCUCUGUGGAUGCAGCACGCCGAUUGCAAUUAUACCUGUUAAAGAGACAUUUUGAUUUUAUAAUCCACUGACAUAAAGUUAAGCGCCAAAGCCAACAGUA